AAGUAAAAAGAAAUUCCCCAUUGUGCUAAAUAAAUGCAUACGGAACAUUUAAGCUUCUCUCUCAUCCCAACUGAAAACAAAAAUCAUCUAUAAAUUAAGCAGUUGGAACCUGGUUCUUCACCCAUUUUGUUACUUUAAAAAAAAAAAAAAUUUGAAAGAUGGCAAAAGCUGGAGCUCUUAUUUGUCUUCUGAUAGUUUCAGUGGAUGUUGUUGCUGGUACUUUUGGGAUCAAAGCAGAAAUCAACUCAAACAAGGUAACUCAUACGAGGCUGAGGGGUUCUUCAAGUUCUGCUUGUAAAGGGCCGAGCCAUGAAGCAUUUAAGUCUGGGUUGGUUGCAGCAACGCUGCAAGCUAUCGCACACAUUGCUGUUAAUUUGCUGUGGGGUUGCAUGUGCAUGUGCUUCUCGGAGGAGCUUGAAAGAUCCGCUUUCAACCUGCGACUAUGGUUCGCUUGUCUCAUCCUUUCAUGGAUUGUGGUGGCCAUUGGAUUCCCUAUGUUGGUGAUUGGCAUGUUAGCGAACUCAAAAUCAGAGGGGUCAUGUGGGAUAACCCAUAGCCAUUUUUUGUUGAUUGGUGGUGUUUUAUGCUUUGCUCAUGGCCUCUGCUGCAUUGCACAAUAUGUGUCUGCACCUGUCACCAUUGGACAUGAAGCCACUAAUAAUGUUUAUCCUUAACAUCUUCCUCUUAUGAAGAACCAAUGUUCUUUACAAGUUAAAUCGAUUUUGAGAUAAUAAUGUAUUUAAUUUUAAUUAGUAGUUUUGUAUUAAUUAAUUUAAGAGAAAAAACAAAUUUACACUUUAACUAUGCAUA